AUGGCGAUGCAGACAGCUUCUGUGGGGCUGUCGACUUCGGCUCUGAGGUGUCCUGGAGCCUUUCAGCGGGAAGUGAGCUUUGUGGAGGAGUCAGCCAGGCGAAUUGCAGCGGUCGGUGCUGCAGCAGCGCUGCUUCUGAGCCCCUGCGAGGCGCUAGCGAACGAGUUUGACAUCCUCAACGAAGCCACACCCACAAAGAACUAUGUCAUUGACGAUGCUGGCGUGCUCAACAAGACCACCAAGAAGAGCGUCAAUGAUGAGCUCUCGCGAUUGGAGACAGAGACAGGGUACAGGCUGGAGGCGGUGACUGUGCGCAAGCUCGAAUUCGAAAACGAUGCCUUCGCGUUCGGGGACAAGGUGAUUGAGAAGUGGUACCCCACUGUGGAGGUCGGCGGCAACAAGGGAAUCCUUGUGCUGGUCACCACCGGCAAGGACGGCGCUCUCACUGGCGGCCCCGCCUUCAACAAGGCAGUGGGCGAUGACCUGAUAGACAGCGUGGUGUCCGAGAGCAUCCCCAUCCUUACAGAGGAGGAGAAGUUCAACGAGGCAGUCAGCAGCAUCGUCAGGCGAGUGGAGGCCAAACUCACAGGCAAGACGGACCCAGGGGCUCCGCAGCGCGCAGAUGGCACGAGGAAGCGCACGUACAAGACAAAGGCAGAGGUGGACAAGACUCGCAACAUCACAAGCACCAUUGUGCUCGUGCUGCUGGGCAUCUCUGUGGUGGUGCCCAUGCUGCAGUACUGGGGCUACACAUCCAAGGAGUAG